AUGAACCUGCCCCCAGACAAGAUGAAGCUGCUCAACCAGUACGACAACGAGAAGAAGUGGGAGCUCAUCUGUGACCAGGAGCGUUUCCAGGUGAAAAACCCACCGUCCGCCUACAUCCAGAAGCUGAAGAGCUACUUGGACACGGGUGGCGUAAGCAGGAAGGUGAGGGCUCCUUCCACCCCUUCUCUCCUCGUCCCACAGUUCAAGAGGCGAGUCCAGGAGUCAACGCAGGUGCUCCGGGAGCUGGAGAUUUCCUUGAGGACCAACUACAUUGGCUGGGUCCAGGAGUUCCUCAACGAGGAGAACAAGGGGCUGGAUGUGCUGCUGGAGUAUCUCGCCUUCGCCCAGUGCUCUGUCACGUACGACAUGGAGAGCGCCGAGAACGGCAGCCCGGGCUCUGACCAGGGCAAGGUCCUGGAGCGGUCGCUGGAGGACCUGAACAAAAGCACCUCCUCAUCCCCCACCCAGGGCACCUCCAAAUCUGGCUUCAGCCUGGUGAUGAACCACCCAGCCUGCGUCAAUGAAAUCACCCUGAGCCUCAACAACAAGAACGCCAGGACAAAGGCGCUGGUGCUGGAGCUGCUGGCUGCCGUCUGCCUGGUCCGAGGUGGCCACGACAUCAUCUUGGCUGCCUUUGACAACUUCAAGGAGGUCUGCGGGGAGAAGAACCGCUUUGAGAAGCUGAUGGAGUAUUUCCGAAACGAGGACACCAACAUCGACUUCAUGGUGGCCUGCAUGCAGUUCAUCAACAUCGUGGUGCACUCGGUGGAGAACAUGAACUUCCGUGUUUUCCUGCAGUACGAGUUCACCCACCUGGGGCUGGACCACUACCUGGAGACCCUCCGUCUCACCGAGAGCGACAAGCUGCAGGUGCAGAUCCAAGCCUACCUGGACAACGUCUUCGACGUGGGGGCCAUGCUGGAGGACUCGGAGACCAAGACGGCCGUGCUGGAGCACAUGGAGGAGCUGCAGGAGCACGUCAACCAGUUGACGGAGAAGCUGCAGGAUGCGGAGAACGACUCCAUGGCCAAGAUAGCGGAGCUGGAGAAGCAGCUGAGCCAGGCGCGGCGGGAGCUGGAGGCGCUGCGGGUGAGCACCCUGAAGGUGAAGAAGCCGAUCCAGACCAAGUUCCGCAUGCCCGUCUUCAACUGGGUGGCGCUGAAGCCAAGCCAGAUCGAUGGCACUGUCUUCACCGAGCUCAACGACGAGAAGGUGCUGCAGGAGCUGGACAUGAGUGACUUUGAGGAGCAGUUCAAGACCAAGGCGCAGGGCCCUGGCUUGGACAUCAGUGCCCUCAAGGUGAAGGCCACGCAGAAGGCUCCCAGCAAGGUCACCCUCAUGGAGUCCAACCGAGCCAAGAACCUGGCCAUCACCCUCCGCAAGGGCGGCCGCAGCAUCCAGGACAUCUGCACAGCCAUUGAGACGUAUGACCAGCAAGCUCUGAGCCUCGACUUUCUGGAGCUGCUGCUGCGCUUUCUGCCCACCGAGUACGAGCGGACGCUCAUCGGGAAGUUUGAGCGGGAGCAGCAGCCGCCCGAGGAGCUCUCAGAUGAGGACCAGUUCAUGAUCCGCUUCAGCAAGAUCCCGCGCCUGGCCGAGCGCAUGAAUGUCAUGAUCUUCCUGGGCAACUUCAAUGACACGGCCCAGCUGCUCAUGCCGCAACUCAACGCCAUCAUCGCCGCCUCCAUGUCCCUCAAGUCCUCCACCAAACUGCGCAACAUCCUUGAGCCGUUGUGUCUCGUCUUGGCCUUCGGGAACUACAUGAACAGCAGCAAACGUGGGGCAGCCUACGGCUUCCGCCUGCAGAGCCUCGACGCGCUCCUGGAGAUGAAGUCGACAGACCGCAAACAAACGCUGCUGCAUUACCUGGUGCGGGUGAUCACGGAGAAGUACCCUGAGCUGACCGGCUUCCACACGGAGCUGCACUUCCUCGACAAGGCGGGCACAGUCUCCCUGGACAGCGUGUUGCAGGACGUGCGGAGCCUGCAGCAGGGGAUGGAGCUGACCCGCAAGGAGUUCAUGCGGCAGGACGACAGUCCUGUGCUCAAGGACUUCCUCAAGAUCAUUUCAGAGGUGAUGGAGAAGCUGCAGGCUGACAGCAAAACCGCCAAGGUGGGUGCUGGGGGCAGUGUGGGGUCAUGGGGCAGGAUCGGGCCCCCCCAUUCCUACCUGGGGACACCCCGAGGUGCCCUCUGCUCAGACCUCUGCCCCAUGGGAGAGGCUUCCAGGUGGGAUGUGGCUCCAGCAGGAGAACCGGGAGGGAUACGGAGAGGGAUGUUGCCCAUCCAGAAAGCCAAGCGGCAGCAGAUGGACAUGAUCGCCGAGCUGAAGAAGAAGCAGAUGGUGAAGGAGCCGCUCAUCUACGAAGGAAAAGACGGAGCCAUCGAGGAUAUUAUUUCAGAUCUGCGGAACAACCCUUACCGGCGCGCAGACAAGAGCCGCGGCAGCGCCAAGAAACGGGCUGCAGGGCAGAGCCUGCAGGCGACGCCGGACAUCUCGCUGUGA